AUGGAAUAUGAGCGCGGCAACGCCUUCCCCUCGUACAGCGAUGGCGACGUGGCCAUCUACCUCUCCCCUGAGAUGACCUACCAACUCCACUCCCAAGUCCUCAAGCAACACUCCACCUUCUUCGAGGAGAAGCUCUCUGUGCCCGGCACGAAGCUGACAGCCAAAGCCCGCAAAGACGGCGCCGCCGCGUAUUGCUUCGAGCUCGUCAGCCGCUCGCAAGAUGACCCUGGCGUUCUGCAGCAGCGCGAAGUCCAAGAGAACGGCAAGGUCAAGAACAGUAUCUUUGCCUCGGGCCUGAACCUGCGGCAGAUGAUGGUCUCCAAUGCUAAGUUAAGACACUGGGGCUUCCUCUUCGGUAUCUUCUAUGGCAAGCCGCCGGGCUUUGACGAGGACAAUACCGUCCAGCUCGUCACCGACUGUCAUGAGUUCAUCGACGUGGCGAAAUCCAUGGGCGCCAUCGAGCGCAUCAGGGACACGGUCGACCUCGCUCUACUUCGUCAGGACAUGAACUUGUGGACGUCAAUUGCCAACAAUCCGAAAGCGUGGGCCGGCCUUGGGCGUGACAUCCACUCCCCCACCAUCUACAAGGAAGCUCUGUGCCAUCUCGUUGGCAAGUGGCGACAGAUCGACCCCGAGACCAAGUCGGAGAUGGACGAGGACAUGAAGUCCGUCAUCCAGACCAAGUACGACGCCCUCGAGAGCAGCAAAGAAGUCAUCGAGCUGCGCAUCCUCGGCCACUACCCGCCCGCUCUCUGCCGCAACGCCACGGACAAACCCGGCCGUCCUUCUUACUCUGGCGACAUCUACAUGUGGAUGGCUAUCUGCUUCUUCCGCCAAUGGUUCGCCCAAGCCAUCAGCGAGCAUCGCACCCGUCUCGGCCUCGAUGGCGGCUUCAAGUUCUAUCAAGCCAUCUACCAGAGCAGUCAGGCGUAUCUGCACCACGAGGACUUCCAGCAGUUCUAUCAGUACUUCCCCAUGUCGAGCAAGGGACGUAAUGUUCUGGAGUCGAAUAUGAAUCUCCUCAAGAGCGAGGUCAAGGACUUCGUCGAGAAACUCAUAAUCAACCGCUCCCACAUGCCGAAUGGUUCUGUCGACUGGUUCACCUGUGCCAAUAUCCUCAAGAGCGAUCUGCCGUGGGAGAACGAAGAAGGGCUCGCAGAUGAGGCUCAGCUGCAUGACGAUAUUGAUACGGUCGACGACGGUAACGAGGACGAGGUCCAGGCCCCCGUCACCCAGGGUAAGGACAAGGGCAGGGGAAAGGCGAAGGCGAGCCCCGUUCCCAGUGGUACUCGCGAAUCUAGCGUCGUGGCAGGCUCAAGUGGCAACAAGCGAAAGCGCAGUCGCAGUAAGGAUGCAGGCACCGCUGCUGCGGCUCCAGGUGUUGUCGACGGCAAGGGCAAGACGAAGAGAGCUCGCGUCUCUACUCGGAGUGUGAGUCGAGGUGCCAGCGCUGCUGCGGCUCGCAGAGCUCGCUCGAAGGGUGCUGAGGACUCUGAUGCGUUGGCUGAUGAUGAGCGUGACGGUGAAUAG